GUUCCCUUGAGACAUGUACAUAAAUGGAGUCGAGUCAGUUACGUUAGUGAAGGAAGGACUCCGGUGUGUCUUGCCACUCAAUCUUCUCAGAAAUCAGAUUGAUUCAUCAGGAAAGUAUGGCAGCAAAUAGGGGUCAAGGUGGAAUUCAGCAAUUGCUUGCUGCAGAACAAGAGGCUCAACACAUUUUCAAUGCUGCUAGAGCCGAGAAAAUGGCUCGUCUGAAGCAAGCUAAAGAAGAGGCCGACAAGGAAAUUGUAGAAUAUCGAGCUCAGGUGGAGCGUGACUUCCAUAGGAAAGUUGCAGAGAGUAGUGGAGAUUCUGGUGCUAAUGUGAAGCGGCUUGAAAAAGAAACAGAAACAAAGAUUUUUCAUCUGAAAACGGAGACUGAAAGAAUAUCAUAUGAUGUUGUCCAGAUGCUCUUGAACCAUGUGACAGCCGUCAAGAAUUAAGCUCCUUGAUGAUUUAGUUGGUCCUGUAGAGGAUUCCCAUUUAGGUUCAUCAUGGACCUUCGGGUCAGCCGUUCUUAGGAUCCUUGAUUUGUUUGUUCCGUUAUCAGUAUAUUUCAGAUUGUAAUGCAUCGCACUAAUAAUUGUUCUCGAUGUUCGAGAAAAGAGUCCUUUAUUUUAUUAAUGCGGCUUUGCUUGCCCAUAACAAUGUUUAUUAAUUUUAUGAACUAGUGACAUUCCUUUCUGUCA